UCGCAAUUAAAACAUAUAGAGCAAGUUAGCGUUUUGGUGCCGCUAAAAUGUUGGUCUUUAUACGAGCAUUAUUUUAGAAAUACAUAGAGGAAAAAAUACUUAUAUAGAAAGGUCUUUAAUAAAUAUCAGUCAUGUGGGUUCUUUCCGGAGGACAAUAGAGAAGGGACCGGAUCGAUUUAUGGAGUUUCGAACAGUAAAUUUGUUUAGAGAGUUUUUCUCGCAGGCUGUUUAAUCACAAUGGGAAACUUUAAAGCAUUUCUGAGCACUACACUGGUCUUUUUGAUAUUUAAGAUGUGUCUGGUGUGUUGUGAUAUAACGGACGGAAACGCAGAACAUCUGAAGAGAGAGCACUCGUUAAUGAAACCAUAUCAAGCUGUUGGCAGUCAGUGGGACUUCUCAGGAAGCACGUUGGUGACGAGCUCAUAUGUCCGGCUCACUCCAGAUGAGAGAAGCAAGCAGGGAUCCAUCUGGAAUAUUGUGCCUUGUUUCCUGAAGGACUGGGAGAUGCAUGUGCAGUUCAAGGUUCAUGGGUCAGGAAAGAAGAAUCUCCAUGGUGAUGGCAUCGCAAUCUGGUACACAAAGGACAGACUGCAUCCAGGACCUGUGUUUUCCGACAAUGCUGUCUUCCACGGGCUGGCCGUUUUUAUAGAUACUUACUCUAACGAUGAUGCGACGGACCGUUCCUUCCCGUAUAUUUCGGCCACGGUGAACAACGGCUCGGUGAGCUAUGACCAUGGCAAAGACGGCCGAUCGUCAGAGCUGGGAGGCUGCUCGGCUGAGAUCAGGAACACAGACCAUGACACCUACCUCGCCAUCCGCUACUCCAAAGGAAGACUCACUGUGAUGGUUGAUGUGGAUGACAAGAACGAAUGGAGGGAGUGCAUUGAUAUCGGAGGCGUUCGUCUUCCUACUGGAUAUUUCUUUGGUGCCUCAGCAGCCACAGGAGAUCUGUCUGAUAACCAUGACAUCAUCUCGAUGAAGCUCUACCAGCUGAUGGUCGAGCACACCCCUGAGGAGGAGAACCUGGACUGGACCAAGAUCGAGCCCAGCGUCAGCUUCCUCAAGUCUCCUAAAGACAACAUUGAUGAUCCUACUGGAAACUUCCGUGGCACACCCCUCACAGGCUGGAAGGUCUUCCUGCUUCUGCUGUGUGCCCUGCUGGGAAUUGUAGUGUGCGCUGUGGUGGGAGCUGUAGUUUUCCAGAAGAGACAGGAAAGGAACAAAAGGUUUUACUGAGGAGAGAGAAGAACCUUAUCCGAGAGGUGUUUGUUGUGGAUUGAACUGUUUCCAGACAGGUGGAGCACAUUCAAUGUGAUUUUUUCUGAAGAUUGUACAAAUGUUUAUAUCUUUGAAGCACUGCAUUUGUUGAGAGUGAAUUGUGAUAACUUGUUGGUAAGAAGGUGCAGAACAAGUAGCGACCAUCAUGAGCGACCAUGAUAAAUGCCGUUUUGUCUUUGUGUUCGGUCAUUGCAGUCUUAUAACGGGCUUACUGUCACUUACAAACUUUGAACUCUGAAGAUUGUGUUAAACAGGUGCCUCAGACUGUUUUACCUGAGUUUUGGAAGACAAAAGGUACACACACAAAUCAUUAAAAACUUUAGGUGAGAA